AUAUGUGUUCAAAACAACGUGUCUGGGAAGCUUAGGGAUUUCGACAAAACUUAUCCAUUUAUAAAUAAAAGUACAGAAAUUUGGAAUGAAAUUCGUUAUUGAGAGUAUAAGCAAAUCUUCUGGGCGGCUUGGUCACUUAGUACAAAAUGAAACAGAGAGGCUAUUUCGUACACCUAUGUUAUUACAAACCACUAAAGGUGGAAGCAUUCCGUAUCUAACGCCCGAAGUUUUUGAAUAUAUUACCAAGGAGAUACCAGCGUUACAGUUUUCAUUAUCAACAAUCGAUCAUAUGACGGAUUCACUCAAAUUGUUCAAUGAUUCCUUCGGCAGGUAUGUUGGUUAUCCAGAAUGUUUGUCUCUGUUGAUGAUUCGGAACCCGUGUGAGUUCACACCUAGCGGACAUAACGAUAAAGACACGGUACCGCUUUUUACAAGACGUGGGAAGGAAACGUGUACUGCAAACAGAUAUAUGGAUAUUAUAGAAAUUAUAAAACCCGAUAUAUAUCAAGGCUUUUGUGACGCAGAUACAAAUUUGGACAGUGCCAAAAAGCGUUUAGUAAAGAGCAUCGAUAGAACAGCACAGUUUAUGGAUAUAUGUUAUGGGCGGCAUCAAAAUUCAAAUAUAUCAAAAAAGUGCACAUUGUUUGUACCAAUUGUUGGGGGGUACAGCAUGUUUGCUCGUUCAAAUUCCAUUAAUCAUGCCAAAUCGAAAGGAGGCAACGCAGCCGGGGGCUAUAUAUUUGAGGGCUUUCAUAACUACGGGCUUAGUGCCACAGAGGUAGGCGCUACUGAGUUAACAUCUGUGAUGACACAUUGUUUAAAGGAACUACCUGUUAAUAAACCAAAAAUGAUGCCUGGAGCGUAUACACCGCCAGUAAUAUUGGAAUUAAUAUCCUUGGGAGUGGAUAUUUUUGAUACAUCAUAUGCCUACUGUGCUGCAUCCAAUUAUAAAUUGUUAACAUUUAGCUUUAAUUUAACAGAGGCUAAAAGUGAAAACAUGGAGCCAUUCUUGGAUAUAACUACAGAUAGUUUAAAAGAGGAUUUUACACCAGUAUUAGUGAAUUGUUGCUGCUUGACCUGCAAAAAGCAUACACGAGCGUACUUAUAUCACCUGUACAAAACAAAAGAGUUGCUCGGACCAAUCUUAAUUAUGAUACAUAAUUUGCAUCAUUUGUUGGAAUUUUUCAAUGUCAUACGUACAUGCAUUGGCGAGGAUAAAUUACCUGACCUAAUACAACUUAUUAAGUUACAAGGACGCGACGCUGCGGUCGAUUAUAGUAUUAAACCAAACUCCAAAGCGACUAAUAUAAGUGAUAAAGACAAAAAUUUUGCAAUUGCUAAAAACGGACUAUAGUUAAUUAACAA